AUGGCAGUUCUGGUCAAAUUCUUGAUGUGUUCUUAAAAUUUUACUAUUGAAAUAUUUCUAUAUCGAUCCCGAACUACAUUAAAUUUGAUGAAAAAUAUUAAAAAUUUUCAGCCUAAAUAUAAUUUUAUUUCUUAUGUAGAUUAAGUGCUAUUAAUAGAAAAGCUAAUGUUGUGUUGACAAAAACUUUUGUGCAUAGAUUUCGAAACCUGUAAUAUUAUUCUUUAUACGUUUUGAAAUUGAUAAUAUUAAUGGAAAGAGACAUAUUUAAUGAAUUUCUAUCUGAUGAUGGAAGUCCUCAUUUAGGACGUAAUGUUGUGAUAUCUUCGAGCAAUGAACCAGAGAAUAGUAACUCUCCUUUUUUCAAUCCCAGUCAAGGAAGCAGUUUGAAUGAAAAACGUGAGAGGAUAAAUAAUAAUAUCUACCGUGAAAAGUAUCGGAAAUUGAAACGAGUUGUAAAAGACUUUGUUUUCGAGAAUGCUGCUUUGUGUGAUGAAGUUGCUCGUAUGCAAGAAAAAAUUCUGAUUGCAAAAGAAGAAAGAAGGUAUCUCUUAAGGAAGCUGCAAGGAUUUCAAUCUUUAAAAGAUGGUUCAGCCCCAACAAAUCAUGUGCCUGGUGUAUCUUCAACAUCAGGAAAAAAUGUAGCAGGAGAAAAUACAGAAUCACAAGUAAAGAAAAAGGCCCCAGUGAAGAAGCGACCUGCCUCUAAAACAGUUGAAGAAGGUGCAAAACCCAAACCAAAAAGAAGAAAAGUCCCUGCAGAUAAAAGACUUGUUACUCCAAUACCUUUGGAUGUUGCUGGUCGCCCAAUAUUUCCUAUUGUAUUGGGAUCACUUACUAUUCACAGUUUAGGAGUUAUUGUAUCUGAUAGGCCAGGAUACCAUACUGAACAAUGCAUUUACCCUGUUGGAUUUUGUAGUUCUCGAACUUAUGCAAGUUUGAAAAAUCCUUUAAUUCAGUGUUUAUAUCAAUGUACUGUGACAGAUAGUCCAUUUGGCCCUAGGUUUGAGAUAACACCUGAAGAUGACCCUGGCCAUUCCCUUAUAGGAAGUUCACCGAAUGAGGUUCAUAGUGCCCUUUUAAAGUCAUUAAAUGCAGUGUGUGGUAAAGAAGUGGUCAGUGUCGAUGGCCAAGGUGCUAAAUUUUUUGGUUUGUCUCAUCCAACUGUACAAAAUUUAAUCCAGAGUUGUGCAGGAGCCCGUAAAUGCUCAGAUUAUCGGUGGGUUCAGUUUGAAGUAGCAAAAGUGGCAGAAGGAGAGGAAGAUCAUAUCACAAAAGACUUUGAUCCAACAAUUAAUUUUGACGUUCUUUUACACAUUAUUAAAGAGAGUACUCCAGUUGUCUCUGUCAAUAGUGGAUUGUUGGCUGUUAGAUGAUAAAUCAGUAAAAUUAGAUAUUCUGAUCAAUAAUGAGUUCAUAAAAAUAAAAAUGUAAAUAUCUACUUUUUUUGUCAAGUAAAAUAUCUUGUUGUAUUUGAAUAAUAUUUUACUGUAUAAAAACUGAAUGAAAGGGAAGUAAAGCUUUUAUUUAUAUAAUAUGAUCUCUC